AUGGUAUCACCAUCAGACUUGGGCGAAUCCGACUCACAAGAAGAUGAGAGGUCUAAUUCAAAACAGAAGAAAACAAAAGGACCUAGUUUGUAUGAAAUUUUGGGUAUUACAAAGGAUGCGUCAGAUGAUGAUAUCAAGCGUGCUUACAGAAAACUAGCCUUGAAGUGUCAUCCCGACAAGAACUUAGAGAAUGAUCCGGAGAAAACUGAACGCUUUAAAGAAAUCAAUCAUGCACAUGCUGUGCUGUCGGUACCAACAAGACGUAAAGUAUACGAUAAAUAUGGAGACGUGGGUCUGAAGUUAAUGGAACAGUUUGGUGAUGACGGUGCUGUAAUCGGUUUAGCUUUCAAGCCCUGGUUUAAGUGGGCGUUCGUCAUUUGUGGUCUUUCGACGUGUUGCUGUUUCUUUUGUUGCUGUGGUUGUAUGUUUUGUUGCAAUUGUUGUUGCAACUUUUGUUGUGGCAAAUAUAAACCAAAAGGAUUUGAUGAGGAAGGAUAUAUGGGAGAAAGUGAUGCAGAACAGGAGACAAAUGGAAAUGCCUCAGUAAUUGUUGGCCAGCCAGAAGAAUCGAAUAUGUUGCCGAAAAGUAGAAAUGGCGAUGGAAGCCUACAAACUGCUGAAAGCUCAAAUGAAAAUCUUUGUGAUCAUCCUGCAAAUUAUCCAUUGACAAUGUUUUUAGGAGGUGGUGAUGUAAGAUGA